CCCCGCCCAUCUCCUUGCUUCCCAUUUCCCCUAAUCAGCCCUGUAGCAGUAUAUACUGGUUCAUUUCCAUCAGUACCCUGCCAGCUUCUCAAAGCUCCCAUGUACCUCAUGCCUUUGUGUUCAAGUGAAACCCAAACCUGAACCUGUUUCUGCCUGCCUGACCAGUCCGUUUGACCUCCUGCCUGAUUAUUUGGACUUCGGCUUUCUGCAUGCUCCUUUUUGGAUCUGUUUGUCUGUUCUGGACUGCAUGUCUGGCUUUGGUUCUUGCCUGCCUCAUGAUCCUCAAUAAAAUAUCCAUGGAGUUUACAGAAGGAAGUAGAGGCAUCUACAGACCCAUCAGGGUGUUGUUUGACACACCCAUAUAUGAGCAGGCUCUGAAGAUCUGCUGGCACACCGGCUCCUAUAAGUCUCAGAUCGCACUGGAGACUGAACUUUUGAGACUUCAGAAGAAUAACCAACUCCCAUCUGAGGUGACUGCUGAAGACAUGAGUGAGCUGCUGGUGGAGGAGAGCAAAAACACUCUGAGAGUGCAGCUCUGGGAUUUGGAACUGGAGAACUUUGAUCCUGAAGCCAGGCUUCUUCUCAACAUGGUGUGCCAGGUGAACAACAGCCUGAAGAUGAGGGACGUUGAGUUUGAAGCCAGAAAGCUGCUCAGCUCACCAAGGGCGGUCCCUGCUCAGCUUCGACAUCCUAAGAUCAUCUGCCAGGCCCAGAAGUACGCCAGGAUCCUGACAGAGCAACAGCAGGAGGCCCCCAGCUCCAAAGUGGUCCACACACGGGAGGUUGUGAUGGAGGUGGUGCCAAAAGUCCUGCAGGGCUUCUGGUUGUCUCCUCCAAACACCUCCUUCAACAUGCCCUCCCAAAAGCUCAGUAAAAUGGCUGUUGGAGUUACCAAAGCAGUUGAGGACCGGGUCUCGGCUGUUCUGAUCUCAAAGCCCUUUCAAAUCUGCUUCUCCCGUUCCUUUAGAGACCAAGUGGUCCUGGAAAAGGUUAGACAGCGCUACUCUCAAGACGUCCUGGUAAAGAAGCUCAACUGCUUUGCAGCAGAUGUGCUGAACACCAUCGCUGAUGUUGCAGCAGGAGAGAUCUGUGCGCUGUUUCCUCCUCAGACUCACAAAAAAGUUUCUGUAAAUAUCAACACUGAAGAGGAUUACAUCCAGCCAGCAGACGUGUUGGAUGGUGUGGAGGGCAGAGAAACAGUCUCUGCUGUCAUUACUCCUCCACCAGCUCCUCUGGCCACCAGUGCUAAACCUCCUUCCCACAAAGCCAUCCACAAUUGCUUGAACUGUAGUCUGGAAGUAGAGGAACUGCUUGCACACAGUCCACAACCAGACUCUGCUGUGGUUUAUACCCCACCACCUCCUCUGACUCCCGCUGAUGAGUCUACAUUGCAGGAGGAGAUGACGAUCAUGGGGCAGCCAGUCAAGGUGGAUGCAUCCUUCAACACCACAACAGAGGUCAAAAAGACAGAGAUGAACGGAUUCAGCUGUUUCUUCAGUUGGCUGCAACAAAACCUCUGCUGCUGCAUCCUGCCUGAAGAUGACCCUUUGUGAAAAUGUUUAGUACUGCAUCGUUGUAAUUUAAUUUGUUGUAAAUUAAUAAAACUCUGUUGACAUAAAAACAUGAUAUAGAAGGUCUGUGUUGCACAUAUUGUAGAUAUUACAUUGCACAAUCUUUUGUAGAAGUUCAUCUGGGGGUGUAUUUGCAAAAUGAGCACACUUUGAGUGAAUUAGAAUUAAGAAUGGAACAAAUGUCAUAUAUUCCCGAUAACACAUUAAUAUUAACUAUUAAUAGUGACAUGUCUUAAGACAUUUUGGCAAGGGUAAAACAAUGACUCCAGCACGUGUCUGAUUUUAGAUGUUAUGGGAAAAGGUGAUCACCGUUAAACCAGUUAAUCAAAAAUAAACCAGAAGACUCAAUAUCUGCGGAAACUGUGCUGGCUAUGGUAAAUUAUGGACAAAAUAAUUAAGGCUAUCCUGUAUUUUUGAAAAGUUCUGUAGUGUGAUAUUCAGCAUGUGUAGUUAAAGAAUCUGAAAGAUGAACCUGCUUUAGGCAGAUUUUUUUAGUCACCAUCCCUGUGUGAGAGACUGCAAUUGACUGCAGUGGCAUUUCUCUGCCUGUGCAGUGGGAAAAAAAGAUACUGCCAAAGGAGCCCAUAUUUGCAACACCUUACCUUCUAGAAAAUGUUUUUGAAAAUAGUUAUCAUUAAAUACUUUUGAAUAUGAAUAGCAAUAAUACCAUUUAUUUUAAAUUAAUUACAUUCAGCUAAAUACAUUAUGGAUUUAGUGCUCAUGUUC